UCAGUCAAAAUUUUAAUCUAAAACAGUGAAGUCGUGUUUAUUCUUAGUUUAAAAAUGAAAAUUUUAUUUGUUCUUAUGUUGGCUUUAGCUGCUCUGUUUGCUUUCGCUCAGGCAGAAGAGAAGUGUGACGAAGCAUGUCCUUACAAUUAUGCGCCUGUUUGUGCUAAACCUCUUACUGGAACAGGAAAAGCUUUGACCUUCGGCAAUGAUUGUGCUGUAAGAGUUUACUCAUGUGAAACGAAAACAAGUUCGAAAGCUCCAACAUUUCCAGACGAUGGAAAACUUCGAUUAUAUACAAUGAAAUUUUGUCCUUUCGGUCAUCGUUCACAACUUAUAGUUGAAGCGAAUAAAAUACCGAAUCAUACUGUUUUUGUGAAUACAAAAGAUAAACCUGAAUGGUUUAUAGAAAAAUCGCCAACGGCUAAAGUUCCCACACUUGAGAUACCAAAUAAACCCGAGCCACUAGUUGAAUCAUUGAUAGUUUCAGAUUAUUUGGUUGAUUAUCAGCCAAACAGUUCAUUAAAAAGCAGUGAUUCUUAUCAGAGAGCUUUGGAUAACAUUCUUCUUGAUCGUUACAAUGGAGUUAUUUCACUUUUUUAUGCGAUGCUUCGAGGAACAGCAGAAAGCACACCUGAAAACGUUACUAAGUUUUUCAAUGCUUUGGAGUAUUAUGAAAACCAAUUGAAAAAGCGUGGAACAAAAUUCUUCAAUGGAAGUAGGCCUGGAUUUGUUGACUACAUGAUUUGGCCAUGGAUUGAACGGAUUGACAUCGUGCCCAACCUUAUUAAAGGAACCUUUGAAUGGGAUGAAAAUCGAUUCAAAAAUUUUUUAACAUGGAAGAAAGACAUGGAACAAGAUCCAACAGUUAACACUUUCUGGCUUUCUGUUGAAGAUCACACAACCUUCAUCACAACUUUUGCGGCUGGCAAUCCAAAUUUUUACAUUCAACUGAUUUCAGUGGUCUUCAUUGCCACACUUACAAAUACCAGCCCAGCAAAGAAGGAUUCAUGUCAAACAGUAUGUACUGCUGACUACACGCCCAUUUGCGCACAAAUUGCUCAGGGUAAAGGAGCUGACAUCACAUUUGGAAAUUCAUGCGUCUUAGCAAACUACAAUUGUCAACAUAAAGACAGAGCAUACACGCGUAAAAGCGAUGGCGAAUGUCCAGGAAAAGCUCCAGUUCGCUUGUAAUGAAAUGUUCUGAAAUAUCAUCACCUUCAUGGUUCAUGAACACAUUUAAAACAAACUCACAAUGAUAACAAUGGACGAGAAAAAUUUUCGAUAACUACAAUGAUGAAAACAAUUUGUUAAUAAACAAAGCAAAUUCUCCUCA